AAUUUGAUUGACGAACAAAAUAAAGUAAAUUCAUGUAAAAGUUAUUAAAAAGCUAUUGUUACUAUCGUUAGAAAUAUUUCAUUGUGUUGAAAUAUGUUUGUUGUACACGCAUUCAUGCUGUUUUUUUUCAUGUUAAUAUUUUUAAUUUUAAUUAUGGAUAAAAAUAAAACAAAAAAAUGAAAUAAUAAUAUUUAUAGUUGAGUGAAUAAAUUGUGCAUAAUAAGGCAUGAGAUAAUACGGAUAUAAGAAGAGCAUGGUAUAGCAAACCAUGUGAAAAAUUGGAUUUCAGCAAACAUCACACGAAGGUCAAAACUUCGAUUCUCAAGAGUUAUAACUACAGGUUCAUCCGUUUGCCUAAACUGUUCCCUUGACUAUAUAUUUUGUCGCAUCACUGAAAAUUGUAUCCACUUGAGUUUGUUCAAGUGUAUACCACAUUUAAGUUGAGUACAAGAGUUUAUAGACACUUGAUAGAUGAAAUGAAUCAAGUCAAACAUUAGCAUGUUUGCUGUUGUUUUGAUCCAGGUGUCAUUCAAAAUAACAAAAAUUUCAUAUCUUCUGAAACAAAAAAAAAAAAGAGUAUGUAUAAUUUAGAGAAACUGGUCAUGAGCAGUUGGAGAUCAAGCACAGUUGGGAUUUGAGCUUGUUGGAAUAUGAAAGCUUGUACUGGUUGGACGCAUAAGUUACAUUUAUAAUCCCAGGACGCUCUAUAUACCACUGAGAAUCAUAGAACGUGUUUGCAUCUAUAAUAUUCUACACAAGCGAUGAUUACUGAUUAGUGGUUAUAUAUAUAUACUCAUGUGAUGAAGACUGACGCAUCUUGAUUAUCGUUGGCAAUUCGAUAUACCAAUAAUUUUCCACAAACAAAUAGAUCGAUUACUCCUGGGACCCUGAAGCACUUGAGUGACGAUGCUGAAAAUUCAAUUAUAGAAUUUCCAGAUAUAGAAUUUGAAUCAAUGUGCGAGAGUUCAAUUUCCAUCUUCAAUUUUUUUUUUUUUUUAAAUUAUUUGAAAAUAAAAGCUGAUGAAUUUUUUUUCUCUGAGGAUUUAUCAACGUGACUACAUAAAUCUGGAUGUUAUGUUCUGAUGGUAUUAUAUAUCAACAUUGUUUAUCAAACUUUAAACAGUACUAUCCUAUACAGAUAAAAUAUUUAUUGUAAAUACUAUUUGAAAGCUGAGAAUCCAACUAAAGUGCGAAGCUUAUAUGACGGCUUAUCGGGAUUCCACCUGGGGGCUAAAAGUGUACUUAAUAAUCGAGAAUAGCAACUUACCCUCCAUUACAACAAUUCACGUAGAAUACAUCAACAUCUAGGAAAAUGUAACCGGACAAAGUUAGUAUAACAUACCAAUUUCAAGUUUAAGAUUUGUUGUGAAUGUCCACAAGAAACUUUAACACAUUUGUACAUUUUCAAGAAAGUUUAAGUUGUAACAGAUGGACAUAAAGGAAAGACACACAAAACAACAACUGUAUUUUUUGGUAAAACUAUUGAUAAAGGGGUUAUUGUUAAAUAAGUGAAUCAACAAACCACAAGGGACUUGAGGAUAAGUCUCAUUGUAUUGGUAGACAAUCAGCUUGGACAAAAUUUCACAAGGCAUUUGGUCUUUUGGAUUCUCAAGGUUGAAAAGAUAUAUUCUAAAGUGAUCUCUUGAUUCCACUGGAUUUACUGUAUUGUAUCGAAGAGAUUGAAACUACGCUGGUGUUUCAGGCUAAAAUAGCAUAUCCAUUUAUUUUAUAUAACAUGAAAACCACAUUUCAACCAACUGAAAAAACAUUUGGCAAGUAUUAUCAACAUCACCACAUCAGUAUUAUUUUUUUUUUUCUAUAUAGGUAUAUUAUUAAACUGACUGUCAAUAUUGUUUAUUAGAAUGAAAUGACUAUUCAGUUUAUUUGAAUUUCAUAUGGAUCAUUAUUGAUAAAUCCUUGUAUUAACUAACCAUGAACACGAGAGUUAAAAGUUUCAUCUAAAAGCUCUUAUAACUGCUGAUAGUAAGGAUUAUUUUCAAAUCAAUUUAUUGAUAUUAUAUAUGGUAUUAUUGGUUUAGUUUUACUUUAAAAUUACCAAUAUAUUUUUUUAUGAAUAGUCAAUAGAGAGAUCAGUUGUGACGUCGCAUAACAUAUAUAAAAAAACCUUUAACAAUAGAAAAAGAUAAGGAUAAAUAUAGAUAUAUUGAGGGUUGAUUUAAGGGGAGUUGAAUCGGUGUUCAAGGGUGGUGGUAAGAGUUGACGUCGUUGGCAGUCGGGGCUGAUAUCUGGCUAAGCGCUGGCGCAGUCGAAUCGUGGUCUUCACGACGACGAGUACAGGAACGCAUGUACUCAUCGUCAAUUGGUAUCACGCAAUUCUCACACGUUUUUCAACGGGUUAUCACUUUACAUUUUAUCCGUGUUAAAACUCCAUGUGAUAAAUUAAAAUGCAAGAAAAAAAACAAUAACGUGUAUAACAGUGUUAGUGUGUAAAAAUUUAUAAAAUACAAGUGCUUAAAUUUAAAAAAAAAAAAAUAGUUAAUUUUCAAAGUAUACAACUUAAGGUGUUCGUGUUUGAUGCAUAGAAAUAAUAUUCAGACAAAAAUGAAAAAGUGUUGUGAUUUUUUUUUAUAGCCAACUAAUUACUGCAAUUUGAGAUUUAAAAAUAUAAUAAUAAAAAAAACAUUACAAUGCCUGAUUGAAUUUUCGUUAGAUUGACUCAUUAAUUUGAUCACGUAAUGUAAUUAUGUUAGCUAGACGGUGAAAGACGCAGUUCAUGUUGUGGAUUACCUCAGGACUACAGUGGAUUAAAAAUAUACAUUACUAUAUAUGUAUAUAAUAAUAACAACAAUAAUAAAAAAUAAACGAGGUCGUCCAACGUCAGAGAGAACACAUUACUCCUCCUCUUUAAAGGUUUUUUUGAAGGAUCACGUGAAAUGUACUGGAAACGAUGUAUAUGAAAAAGAAUUUACGACUUGAUCAUACUCGAAAUGCAGUUUCAAGUCACAUCAUGAUCUGCAUUAUUUUUCUACUAUCUGUCAUAUUGAAUGAAACAACAGGACAUUUAUCACGUAAUUUUAUAUCAAAUUUUCUUCAAGAAAAUCCAACACCAGAUUCUGGUCCUUAUUUUGAUAUAUCUGGACAACAAAAUACAACUGGUCUUGUUGGAAAAACAGUACAUCUAGUUUGUCGUGUUAAAAAUCUUGGAAAUUUAACGGUUUCAUGGGUAAGACAUCGUGACAUUCACUUGUUGACUGUUGGAAGAUAUACGUACACAAGUGACCAACGUUUUGAGGCGUUGCAUACACCACAUUCCGAAGAUUGGAUAUUGAAAAUUCGAUAUCCACAAAGAAAGGAUACUGGAAUUUAUGAAUGUCAAAUAUCCACAACACCACCAAUUGGUUACAAGCUUCAUUUAAAAAUUGUCGAACCAAUUACGGAAAUUGUUGGUGGACCAGAUCUUUUUAUUAACAAGGGUGGAAUAAUUAAUUUAACUUGUGUUGUAUCAAUGAAUCCUGAGCCGCCAGCAGCAAUGAUCUGGAGUCAUGAGCAUCGAGCGAUCAAUUUCGAUUCCCCACGCGGAGGUAUCAGUCUGGUGACUGAAAAAGGUGAAGUGACAUCAAGUCGUCUUCUUAUACAAAAAGCAAUUCAAAAAGAUUCUGGUCUUUACACAUGUGCUCCAAGUAAUGCAAGUCCUUACACUGUUCGAGUUCAUAUACUGAAUGAAGAACACCCAGCUGCAAUGCAUCAUGGUAGAGGAUAUAUUAAUUCAGCAACGCUUUUACCCUUUGUACUACUUGUACGAAUGAUUAUUUGGUAACAUUUGUGUGAGUGAAAAAGUGUCAACGAUCACAUGUGCAUUGAAUUUCGAUAAUAAAAUUGCUAAAAACAAUUACUAUCAAUUUUUAACUAACAAAGUUUAAAGUUAAAAAAAAAACAAAUGAAUAAUUUUAAUCUAAAAGAAGAAAGGUUUAUUUAUAAAAUUGGAAAAAAACAAUGGAUACAUCAACCCUCUGUGCCAUUUACAAUAAUACAGUAUACAAUGAUUAUAAAUAAAGACAUUAAUUAUAGGUAAUACAAUUAUUAACUUUUUUUUCAACUAUAAAUUGUUGGAAAAAAAAAUUAAAUAUAUAAUCAUGUUAUUGAAAUAUGAAAGAGGAAUAAAUUAAUUGUAAAUAUUUUUCUGAAUUAAUUAGUUGAAUUAGGGUAAAAUUAAAGUUCUAUUUCUGUGGUUUUUCACUGUACGAGGUAAGAUUAAUUGAAUAUUUGUAAAUAUAGAUUGAAAAAAAGAAAAAAGAAUUUUUUGCACAUAUCAAUAUUUGAAUGAGUGUUUUUUUUUUUAGUGAUAUGGACGAAUGGUUAUUUUGUUUUUUUUCUUCUUUUAGUUAACUUGGUAUUUGUAAAAUUAUUAUUUAUAUAACUGUGGUUUGUUGUAUACAAAAAAUUUCAAUGCACUUGUACAGAAUGAAUUGCAAUUUGAGAUGGAUAAAAUAAAGUAAAAAAAAAAAUAUGUUUAAACGUUAAAGUUUUAGAAACUGAAUUUUAUAUAUAUAUCAAAACUCUGACUGGUAAAACUUGAAUAUAAAAAAUACAUUAAAAAAUUUUUCUCUGUAAAAUUUAUGAGUACAUGUUUUUUUAAAAAAAUAAAAACCAAAAGAUAAAUAUUAUGGUUUUGAUUUUAUUAUUUUUUAUUUUUAUAAAGGGACCAGUUUCUAAAAAAAAAAAAAUUUAAUUAAAUUUAAAAUGAACAUGAUGAUUUUUGUUCGAGUGUAUAAACUUUUUACUUUAAGCUAUACAGUAAAGCAGUUUGAUUGAUGUGAAAAGUGAAAAAAAAAAAUACCAAAAAUUGAAAAUAUUGUUGUUCCCUUAUCUUAAUAUUGUUUUUCAAUUGUUUAAAAAAUUUUAUUGAUUUAUUAUUUGAAAAAAUUAAUAAAUAAACAAUCAAAUUGAUAAGAUGUUUUUUUGUGAUAUAAAAA